CGACGGAGGACGCACAAAUCAAACAUUUAGACUGCAGGAGAGCACGACAAACAGCUAACGAGUUGAACAAUGUCUCUAAUGGUCACAUUGCUCAUGCUGACAUUGGUUGCCCAGUGUUGGAGUGCACCACAGAGGAGAAACUGGACCCCUCAGGCCAUCUUAUACCUAAAAGGAGCACAGGGACACCGCUCAGUGGUGCAGCGCACCAGCAGAGAGGACGGGGACACUUUACACAUAGUGACUCACAACCAGAGCAGUGAUGGACCUGGGCUGUCUCUGUCGUCUGUUCUCCUGGAGCUUCUGCAGCGAGCUGUGGAAGAAGGUGGAGACGAUCCAGACGAUCAAGAGCUGAAUUAUAACUUCUUGUGAAGACAAAUGUUUUUUCUUUACCUGUCUUCUUGUCUAUGUUUUU